GGCCUCUGGUCCGCGCGACGGCGGGCAGGGUGCACGUGCUGGUUUGUGGGUGCGCUGACCCGGCCAGCCCAUACGCCCGCCGCUGUGCGGCGCAGAUGGCGCAGCUGCGGGCGAGCUUCCCGGCCAACUUUUGGGCGUCCGACCCGAGCUCGUACUUUGAGCUCGGCGCGUUUGUCUCCGCCGCCGCCGACUUUGGCGUCAUGCCUUCCCUCUGCGAGCCGUCGGGGCUGGUGGGGGAGGAGUUUCUCGCGGCGGGCACUCCUCUUGUCUGCGCGGCGACGGGUGGGAUGCGAGGCCGCGUCAGCUCCUCCGGCGCCGCGCGCAACGGGCUGCUCUUCGAGGCCGGCCAGCACAUGCCCCUCCUCCUCUCCUUGCGGGAGGCGGCGGCGCUGCACGCAGACGCGGACGCCUACGCGGCGCUCCGCGCCGCCGCCGCCGCGUCGGCGACGGAUGUGUCCCACACGGCGCGGAGUUGGCACGCCGAGCUGCUGCGGCUCCGCGCUUGCCUGCGGGUCGCGGGCGGGGGGGGAGGGAGCCCAUUCGGCCGCGAGUUGCCUGAGGCGGCGGAGCCGGUGGGGCGCGGCGCGGCAUAGGCUCAAAAGAGCACAUACUUCCUUGCAGCUACGGCGCGCGAUAUACAUCACACAGCAAUCAACGAGUCCUUACUUUCUUUCUAUCCCGGGCUCGUUGUGCGGGUACAUAUGGGAC